AUGCUCUGCCGUGCAGAAACUAUGUCCCGACCAGUCGUGGUCAACUGUUUGUUCCUCUUCGCCCUGUUCUAUGCUGUGGCGUCCACACCUGCAGAGGUGGUAUGGCGAAUCAGCAUAGCAUGGGAGGACGAGGACUGCAACAGUGUUUGCAGGUAUCACAACCUUGCUUGCACGGAGGCCUGUUGGCCCCUCACGGCGGCUGGGCUGGAGAGCGCCCUUAGCAGCAACCUCCAGGGCACUUGUUUUGGUGUGGCGGCGGGAUCUGCGCAGCCCUGGCACCCUGCUAAGGAUGCGGAGAACACCAUGUGCUACUGGUUUGCGGGGCACACGGCCUCCCAGUCGCCGCGGUGCGCGCACAAGUCCGCAACCCCCACGCAGCUUUUGGAUGAUGCGAAGGUCAUGCGCCGGUUGUGCCCAUGCAUAAGCGGCAACAUCUCAGCGGUUGCUGGGAUCGACUGCGGCUUGGGGGGUCAGCCUACCGAUCCGGCGCCUGCCAACCCUGGCUGGGUGCAAGAGGUGCCCUCAACCACAGCUGAGCCCAGCACAGGUGGCGGCCAAGUGCCAUCCCUCCCGGGCAACACUCCGUCGCCGGCCCCGGUCCCGGUCCCACCGGCGCCCGCGCUGCCCCAGGUUUUGCAGCCUGCAAUGGUGGCAUGCCAGGAGCUCUGCGUGUCUGGCUUUGGGGCGGAGGAUGACAAGCUCAACGGCCAGUUUGCUCGCCUCAGUGGCAACGACGGGACGCUUGCCUUCUGGCUGAAGCUGGGCGGCUUGCCGAAUGGCGCGGACUGCCGAUUGCUGCGCGGGGCCGACGGGGUGUGGCGCUACUACGAGGUCAGCUCCCAGGCGAAUACCUCCAUUGGUGAGGGGACCCUCCGCACCCCAGCAGGCGAGGACAUUCCUCAGGACGAUUACGUGCUCACGCCAACCGGCGGAUUCCAGGUGGAGUAUCGCUGCUGUCCCCAGCAGCUGGCGACGACGGCCGCCCCCAGAAACAGCGCCACACCUGCGGAGGAUGAUCCGAUGAAUACAGCGAUCACGGUGGCUCUGGUUGCUGGGGGCGUUGUGCUUGUCGUCUCCGUGGUCGCCCUGUGCCUCAUCCAGCGGUGGAAGCCGAACCUGCUGCGGUCGCGGAAGUAUCAGGCCUUCCAGGAUGGCGCUUCCAAGGUGCAGCCGCAGCCGCGCUUCGAGGUCUUGGAGAAGCCAGGUGCCGCUGCCGCUGAGAAGGCCGCCACUUGGCACCAGUGGAAUGUGACGCCGAAGGUUCAGAGCCAGGCGGUUUCCUCGACGCCGGCAAGUGCAAGCAAGGUAGGUGGCACUUUGCUUCCCAACAAGAAGAAUCCGGACAGGAGCGCUUCGGCAAUAGCAGAUGUCCUGGGCAAGUCGUCUGCGAUGGCUGCCCAGGACGGGAUCUACGAAGGCCCCAUGAGGCAGUGGUGGGGACCCGGUGGCGCUGGUGGAGCUAGCAGCAGUGGUGUCGGAGGCACAGGCUUCCAGCUGGGCGACAGCGUGCGACUCCAAGGCUUGACAGCCUCUGCCUGGAAUGGCCUCCGCGGCACGGUGGAAGGCUUUGAUCCGCAGAAGGGUGCCUUGGAGGUGAACGUGGAUGGCCGCAUCAAAUUGGUGAAGCCUGAGAAUUGCACGGCUGCCAACGGCUUUCGCAGCGCAGGCGAGGCUGAGCUCACCCCAUCACAGCUGAGGAGACGCAGCUGA